AGUCAGCGUGGUCUCUCAGAUACCCUGAUAUACUUGUCGAGUUGAGCCAUGGGGCUGCCCAAGAUUAUGUGCAUGUCACAAUAAAUUAAGAAUAAAAAUGACCAUCUGCUUUAUCAAAAUGGGUCCCGGGUUGAAUUAUCAAAGUAUUUGCCUCGACAACUUUUUGUGGGGGUACCCCUCUGCCUCUUGGUCCUCUCCAGUUCAGCCCUACGCGAAGACCGCUGCAAUUAAUUUUUUGUGUUUGUUAGAUUCUGAAAUGCAGGAACAGAGGGAAUAGGGUCUCUGCCUCUCCUCGUGAUGAAAAAUUCGGGCCGGGACACUGCUGCCAAAAAGAAGAAGCUACAAGUAAUCUGGGUCAUGGAGAUGAACUUGAGAUUAACGAUUCCAAUGAAAAUUACGAGGAAAAAAAUCACUUUGUCGGUAUGGAGGAAUUUCAUCAUUUAAACAUUGAGGACGAGGUUUGAGUUUGGCUGGCGAGUAAGGUUAUACAGAUUUUUUGUUAUGGAAGUACUAAAUUAUAUACUCUGGCAGCCAGCACAUGAAUUACAUUAGUAGUGGGUUAGAUGUGGUGAAAAUGAUUUCAGAAUUUUCAUUAUCAAGGAGAUGGGGGAGAGGCGAGACAGUAUUGGAUUUAUAAACAAGUGGCUCCUAUCUCUGCACCCUGUGAUCUAGACUUCAUGCAAAAUCCAUUAGCAGUUCCGAAGGUUUCCUUAAAAGACGCCUCAAAUUGUAAAGAUCUAAAAGGCGAGUAUGAUCUGGAGGGUUUGAUUGCACGGAAAGCAUCACAGAUUUUAUGGGCUCAUGGAAAACUUUCUGAACCUAUUCCUAAUGGUUUCUAUUCUAUUCUUUUGGAAAAGGGACUCAAGGAGCUUUUCGACAUGAUACCUUCACUUGAUGAGCUAUAUGCUAUGGAUCUGAAGGGUAUUGCACUCGAUGUUGUUAUUGUCGAUUUGCGUAAAGAUAAGAAGCUUUCUAUGUUAAAGCAGCUGACUCUGACUCUGGUUAAAGGAUUACGCUCAAAUCCAGUAGCAGUGAUAAAAAAGAUAGCUGGAUUGGUUGCUGAUUGUUGCAAACCCUAUAAUAUGAAAGAUGCAAUGUUAGAAGGAUCAGAUGCUUUGGAGAGUCAAGGUAUUCAUAUGCUGGGACAAAUGAGGCAUGGUUCUUGUCAUCCUCGUGCAAUCUUGUUUAAAGUCCUUGCAGAUGCUGCAGGGAUUGAUAGCAUGCUUGUUGCUGGUUUACCUCGGGAAGGCGUAAUGGAGAGAACAGACUCAUAUAAGCAUAUGUCUGUGUUAGUUGUGUUAGAUUCUGUGGAAACACUUGUUGACCUUGUUCGUCAUCCGGGUCAACUAAUACCAUGUUCGACUAAAGCCAUACUUAUGUGUCAUAUUUUUGUUGCUGGAGGAAGUGACUCUCCAGAGAAUGAUUCAUGUGAUUCGCCUCUUGAACCCUCCAGUCCCCUUUGUAACUUGUUAGACCUUGGUGAUCUUGAAAGUACCGAGUAUGAUGAGAGCCCUCAGGAUUUAUAUCAGCGUAGGCUAGAAGCAGCAGUGGCCAUAUCUGGUUCAUCUAUGAACAGAAGGUCGAGAACAAUGAUGAAGGAACAACUUAACUUAUCUCAUAGCGAACCUUACGUACCAAAUACAUUCUGGGUGCGCAGCGGGAAGAAUGUUAUUGCAGAGCAAAGGACAGCUACCUCAAGUGCAUCUAGUCCAGAUCCAGAUACUCACAUGCAAGCACGCGGUAGAUCUAAUCUUGGCCGUCAUGCAGAUCCACUUUUGAAUUUUGGAGAAGCAUCGAGGUCUACUGGUGCCUCACCCACAGAAUUUCGUAGAAGACGACGGCGCUCUAUUAGUAUGAUUCCCGAAAUCAGUGAUGAUAUUGUAAGAGUUGUGCGAGCAAUGACUGAGACCAUAAAGAACCUUCCCAAGGACGUUGAUGCACUAAGUAGUUCUUCUGCUGGUGAAGAUCACAACCACCCUGAUCUGCAAGUAAAUGUUUCUGAUUUCCAUCAAGAUGAGCGUGACAAGUUUUCUGGUGAAAGUUUUGCAGCUUAUACUCUUCAAAAGAAAAAAAGUAGUUAUCAGAAAGCAAUUUCAUUGCCUUCAUCUCCGCAUAAAUUUAGUUCCCAUGAUUCUGAAAGGAGUGGAGCCAUAGAGUAUGUGAGAAGUGCUGACAUGAUCUCGACUUGGAAUCAUGUCAUAAGAUCAUCAGAGAUUUUAAAUAAGCCUUUAUUACCAUAUCCAGAAUGGAAUAUUGAUUUUUCUGAGUUAACAGUCGGGCCUCGUGUAGGAAUAGGUUUCUUCGGGGAAGUUUUUCGUGGCCAUUGGAAUGGGACAGAGGUUGCAAUUAAAGUUCUCCUCGAGCAAGAGCUAACUGUUGAUAAUAUUGAAGAUUUCUGCAACGAGAUAUCCAUAUUGAGCCGUCUGCGCCACCCAAAUGUUAUUUCAUUUCUUGGUGCUUGCACAAUGCCUCCUCGCUUGUCCUUGAUCACUGAAUUUAUGGAAAUGGGAUCCCUAUAUUAUUUGAUCCAUGUUAGUGGACAGAAAAAGAGACUUAGCUGGCGCAGGAAACUCAAAAUGAUGUGUGAUAUAUGCAGGGGUCUGAUGUGCAUACACCGGAUGAAAGUAGCUCACCGUGAUUUGAAAAGUGCGAAUUGCUUAGUGAGUAGAUACUGGACAGUCAAGAUCUGCGAUUUCGGGCUCUCACGUGUACUAACCACGACGCCUAUGAGAGAUUCUUCGUCUGCAGGAACUCCUGAAUGGAUGGCCCCAGAACUCAUUCGCAAUGAACCAUUUACAGAGAAAUGCGAUAUAUUUAGCCUUGGUGUCAUAAUAUGGGAGCUAUAUACACUUAAUAGACCAUGGAAAGGUGUACCAUCAGCUCAAGUAAUAUAUACAGUUGCUCACGAUGGAUUGAGAUUAGAAAUUCCUGACGGUCCCUUGGGGGAGCUAAUUGCUGGUCAGCUGUUUAACAAUUGUUGGGCUGAGCCAGAUCAACGACCUAGCUGUGAAGAAGUUUUCUCACGUUUAUGUAGAUGCGAAAAUACACAAAGUUGAGUUGAUCUUAACAAGUUCUGUUAUAGGGCUGUGAAAAUACACAAAGUUGAGUUGAUUUAAACAAGUUCUGUCAAGGGCUGGUAUAAAGACCGAAAAGAGUACCGAAAAACAUCUGAUGGAUUUUACUACCAGCCAGUUUUAACCGUAGGCCAACUGCCAGCAAAGUGUUGGUCAAAGUUACAUUGGAAGGUACUGUGGUUUAAUCAUUGUAAUUUUAUGCCCAUCCAAUUGCAAGCAGUUUCAGCUAUAUGAGCCGCAGCAAGUUGACUACCAACAUUCCGGAAGAAUCUAACUGGAUGUUAAUGGUGUUCUAGCUUUAAUUCAACCACAUGUACAAUAGCAUUUUGGUUGCCGUCACUAAACAUACAAGCGUAAACAAUAGUUUGGAAGAAUAUUCAGAUCAUAAUCGAAGGGGGCAGGGAGAGCGAGUUCAAAUGAGGUUUAGUUUCCCGAUACUAGAAGCAUCCUAUAUUUGUGUGAGAAGGAAAUGCUACUUUGCUGCACCUUGUCCAAAUGGUAAACCCAACCCCAACCACCCCCCCCCCCCCCCCAAAACCCCAACUGUAGAGCCUAGGUACACUUUUGCAAUGAACAAUUAUGUAUGUUAAAUCCAUAAGCUAAGUAGCUAACUUGACUGACAUUAACUAAUGAUGUAUUCUGUAGUUUGCAUGUCCCUCAUAAAGAAAACUUGUCUGCCA